AUGCAAACCUUGAGUGAAGCUCUUCUGCACAACAACCAUCCUGCCCCACCACCACAGCCCGCCGGACAUCGGGAUGUGGGACGUCUAGUCUCGGGCCAUAGACCACCGAUGCUCGCCGGAGAGGAGGACCCUGUCAUACUUGAGGAGUGGAUCCGAACCUUCGACAAGAUCUUCUUCGUCGUAGAGUGCCCUGAAGAGCGCAGAGUGGAGUUGGCACCUUUCUACUUCAGUCAUGAAACUGAUCUCUGGUGGGUGCACGAGGGACCCGCAUGUCAAGAAGAGCCCGACUUCAACUGGAUAGCCUUAAAGGACCGAAUGAGAGAGCGGUUUUAUCCGUCACAUGUCCGAGCUGCUAUGUACGAGGAGUUUCUACAUCUCCAGCAGGGUUCAUCGUCUGUGGUGGAGUACCACAAGCGCUUCUUGGAGCUCACUCGUUUCGCUAGGAUGCUAGUCCCCACCGAGAUUGCGAAGGUGGAGAAGUUCGUGACUGGGCUCAAUUAUGGGGCUCGAAAGGCGUUGACCGUGAGCAAGCCAAGGACCUUGAAGGAGGCUUAUCUGAGUGCUGCUGACCUGUACUGGGUACAACAGUUGCAGCGAGGGUCGUUUGAGCUCACUAAGAAGAGGAACGAAAGCAGUGGACCCCACAACUUCAAGAAGCCGAUACAAGAUCAACCCGAGUAG